AUGGUUUGCCUGCUCCUUGCUGCUCCCCUGCUGUGUGUUGGGGACAGUCAAAAGAUGAAUGAACCAAUACAGUCUUCAUUCACCUGGAGCUUAGGGUCAAGACAGGACUCGGGUAUUUACCAAACACCACACCAAUAAACACACUGGUCACAGGGCCAGCUCUAGAGUUCUAACCAAGGAGGGAAAUGACACUGGGGAGGCCUGACUUGUUUUCCCAUGAUCUAUAACCCGCUCUUGGUGGUUCUCUCUUUUGUAAAUGUUCCCAACUCAGAAUUUUGCUAGACUCUGAACUCCAGCUGGGAGGCCAUGUGUAUCUUGGGAAAGAAACUCUUUCAUUAGAACCUGGUUGCCCAUGACUCCUCGUUCAACCUUCGGGUACCCCCGGAUUUCAAGGACAUCUCCAUGGGUCCCCACGAAACCGCAUGGCUUACCGGGGAGGGCGAACAGGGCCCACCACGUGCGCACCUACUGCGCCUGUGCCCUGCGUGCAGUCAGCUCGUCCCGCCCGCCCACAGCACGGGCCACGUGGCCACGUAGCGCACGGCGCGGCGUUGUGCCCGGCGCCAGGGGGCGGGACUUCGAGCCCGGCGCGCGUCCCAAUUGGUUAAGCGGAGCUUUCUUUUAGCCGGGAACCCGAAGCUCGCCAGCCGGUGCGUUCGCGCCUUCCGGCCGCCUCGCUGGCAGCUGCUUUGGCGGGAGUUGUGGCGGGUGUGAGGUCGGGUUCCUGUGGAGAGAGAGAGAGAGAGGGAGAAGUGGCUAGUUCCCAGAUUUUAUAGGCCCCCAUGGAUACCAUGUUGGAAGCCAGACUCCAAACCCAGCAGAGGAACACCCAGAACAGCCAGGAGACCAGCUUGUGGUCCUCAGGCUUUGGGAUGAAGCUGGAGGCUGUUACCCCAUUCUUGGGGAAAUAUCGCCCCUUUGUGGGUCGCUGCUGCCAAACCUGCACUCCCAAGAGCUGGGAGUCCCUCUUCCACAGAAGCAUAAUGGAUCUAGGCUUCUGCAAUGUGGUCCUGGUGAAGGAGGAGAACACCAGGUUUCGGGGCUGGCUCGUUCGGAGGCUCUGCUAUUUCUUAUGGUCACUGGAGCAGCGCAUACCGCCCUGUCAAGAUGCCCCACAGAAGAUCAUGGAAAGCACUCGGGUGCAGAAUGUCAUCUCAGGGAGGGUCCCAGGAGGGGCUGGGGAAGACCAGGUACCAGGCCUUGUGAAGAAAGAGGUACAGCGCAUCUUGGGCCAUAUCCAGGCUCCAGUCCAUCCCUUCCUGCUCAGGCUGUUCAGCUGGGCACUGCUGCGGUUCCUGAACUGUGUCUUCCUGAACGUGCAACUCCACAAGGGCCAGAUGAAGAUGGUCCACAAGGCCUCACAGGCAGGCUUGCCGCUUGUCCUCCUCUCUACCCACAAGUCACUCCUGGAUGGGAUCCUGCUGCCCUUUGUGCUGCUCUCCCAAGGCCUGGGUGUGCUCCGUGUGGUUUGGGACUCCCGCACCUGCUCCCCCACCCUCAGAGCUCUGCUAAAGAAGCUUGGGGGGCUUUUCUUGCCCCCAGAGGCCAACCUCACCCUGGACAGCCCUGAGGGGGUCCUUGCAAGGGCUGUGGUCCAUGCCGCUAUGGAGCAGCUGUUGGUCAGCAGGCAGCCCUUGCUCAUAUUCCUGGAGGAGCAUCCUGGGGCCCAGGGGCCUCGGCUGUCAGCCCUGGGCCAGACCUGGCUGGGACUGGUGGUACAGGCUGUCCAGGUGGGCGUCAUCCCAGAUGCCAUGCUAGUUCCAGUGGCUAUCACCUAUGACCUGGUUCCAGAUGCACCCUGUGAUGUAUACCAUGCCUUGGCCCCACUGGGGUUGUGGACAGGAGCACUGGCUGUCCUGCGGAGCCUGCGAGGCUGGGGCCACAGCCCCAGGGUCUGCGUCCGUGUGCACCUGGCCCAGCCCUUCUCCCUACAGGAAUACACCAUCAACGCCAGAAGCUGCUGGGGCAGCAGGCAGACCCUGGAGCAGCUGCUGCAGCCCAUCGUGCUGGGCCAAUGUACUAUUGUCCCAGACACUGAGAAGGAGCAGGAGUGGACUCCAGCAACUGGGCCCCUUUUGGCAUUUAAGGAAGAGGACCAGCUCCUGGUCAGGAGGCUGAGUCGUCAUGUCCUGAAUGCCAGUGUGACCAGCUCGGCAGUGAUGAGCACGGCCAUCAUGGCAACACUGCUGCUCUUCAAGCAUCAGAAGGGUGUGUUCCUGUCCCAGCUUCUGGGGGAGUUCUCCUGGCUGACCGAGGAGACGCUACUGCGUGGCUUUGACGUGGGCUUCUCGGGGCAGUUGCGGUGCCUUGUGCAGCACACGCUGAGCCUGCUACGGGCGCAUGUGGCCCUGCUGCGCGUCCAUCAGGGGGACUUGCUGGUGGUUCCUCGGCCAGGCCCGGGUCUCACACACCUGGCACGCCUGAGCGCCGAGCUGCUACCUGCCUUCCUGAGUGAAGCUGUAGGUGCCUGCGCUGUUCGGGGGCUGCUGGCAGGCAGAGUGCCGCCUGAGGGGCCCUGGGAGCUACAGGGCAUCGAGCUGCUGAGCCAGAACGAGCUGUACCGCCAGAUCCUGCUGCUGCUGCACCUGCUGCCCCAGGACCUGCUGCUGCUGCAGCCCUGCCAGUCUUCCUACUGCUACUGUCAGGAAGUGCUGGACCGUCUUAUCCAGUGUGGGCUCCUGGUUGCUGAGGAGACCCCAGGCUCCCGGCCAGCCUGUGACACAGGGCGGCAGCGUUUAAGUGCAAAGCUGCUGUGGAAACCGAGUGGGGACUUUACUGAUAGUGACAGUGACAACUUCGAGGAGGCUGAGGGCCGGUACUUCAGGCUCAGUCAGCAGUCACGCUGCCCUGACUUCUUCCUCUUCCUCUGCCGCCUGCUUAGCCCGCUGCUCAAGGCCUUCGUACAGGCUGCCACCUUCCUUCACCGGGGACAGCUGCCGGAUACGGAGUCCGGCUACACGGAGCAGCUCUUGCAGUUCUUGCAGGCCACUGCCCAGGAGGAAGGGUCCUUUGAGUGUGCAGACCGAAAUCUUGCCAUCAGUGCUAUCUGGACCUUCAGAGAUCUGGGGGUGCUGCAGCAGAUGCCCAGCCCUGCCGGUCCCAUGCUCUCCCUGUCCCCUACGUUCACCAGCCGGGAAAAUCAGGAAAAGCUGGAACAGUUCAUCUGGCAGUUCAUUUGUAGCUAGAACUGUGGGGUGACUUCUCAGCCCCAGAACAUAGCAGUGUCCUGGAGCCAGAAGACAGAGGGGGCUGCACACCCUUACCUGAACUAUAAAAUCUUUUGUGCUUCAUUGGCUCUUGCCGUCUCUUGCAUUUUCCAUCCUUUGG